AGAUAUGCUAUCAUAUUCUCGCUUCAUUACGCGUGGCAUCCACCCGCUCCAUCUUAGUGCUCUCAUCUAAGCAUUGAAGAAGGGGAAGAUAAAAGUUUCUGCCCUGCAUCUUCUCUGAGUACAACUUCGAUUUUCAGGCUGCAAUAGUAUCACCAUCAAAUGAGAAGAAGGUGUGGCGCUACUUAUUGCACUUGCACGAACUGAGGUUCAGAAUCGGAAAAACGCUUUGAUUUUCUUUUGAUUUACUGGGUUUGCUUCUUCUUCGUUAUUCUACUUGGUAACAUCAAAGGGUAACAUCUGCUGAAAUAGGACUCUGCUUGCUGGAUGUGUUUGCAACAACGCGAGUUGCUAUUUGUUGGAAAUUUUGAGGGGAAAAAACUACAACUGCUAUUCUAAAAUCUAAUUUUAUACUCUGAAAAAGUUUGAUUUUGUGGACAAAUCCAAAAGAAAACGAUUUUCCAUCCGAAAGAGGAAGGGUUCUCUGCAAAUUUAGCAGACCACCAAAGCUCUAACUUGAGUAGCUAUGAUACUGCUUCGUGGUUCUAACUAAAGUAUUAUUGAUUCACAAGAACUUUGAAAAGGUACAAAGGCAACCUAAGAUUUUUCUGCAACUAUUCGUCUAUGGCGGACUUGAGCAUUGCUUUUUUCUCUCUCCUCCUCCUUUUCUUCUCUCUAUCCCUCCUUGUUUUCCUCGCCUUCAUCGUCCGACCACGCCCCGUCAAAGUUCCAAUUAAAAAUCGCCAUGUCUUCAUCACUGGUGGCUCAAGCGGUAUUGGCUUAGCUCUAGCUCAACAGGCUGCUUCAGAAGGUGCAAAAGUCUCAAUACUUGCUCGUAACACUGGUAGACUCGAAGAUGCGAAGGAGUCAAUUCGGCUUUCUACUGGCCGUGACGUGGCCAUUUUCAGCGCUGAUGUGAGAGACUAUGAGGCUGUCAAGAAGGCUGUAGAAGAGGCAGGACCAAUCGAUGUGUUGGUGUGCAAUCAGGGAGUUUUUGUCCCUCAGGAAUUGGAGACCCAAGAUAUUGAGGAGAUCAAGUUCAUGAUUGAUGUCAAUUUGACUGGGACUUUUCACCUGAUUAAAGCUGCUUUGCCUGGAAUGAAGAAUAGGGCUGAUCGUGGACCUGGGUCCAUCGCUAUCAUGUCUUCACAAGCUGGCCAGGUUGGGAUAUAUGGUUAUACAGCUUAUUCAGCCAGUAAGUUCGGCCUCAAAGGACUGGCAGAAGCACUGCAGCAGGAAGUAAUUGGUGAAAAUAUUCACGUAUCACUAAUAUUUCCCCCGGACACUGAAACUCCUGGAUUUGCUGAAGAGAACAGGAGGAGGCCACAGUUGACUAGUAUACUAGCAGCUUCUUCUGGUUCCAUGAAAGCUGAUGAAGUUGCAAAGAAAACUUUGAAUGGCCUUAAAUCAGGAAACUUCAUUGUCCCCUGCAACUUUGAGGGAUUCUUUCUUUCCAUCGCAACUGCUGGUCUAUCUCCUCAGAGAUCAUUCCUGAUGGCAUUUAUCGAAGUGAUAGCUGCUGGAAUAUUACGUGUUGUUGGUCUAUGUUUCCAGUGGAAUUGGUAUGGUAGCAUUGACAAAUUCCUUGAAGAAAGGAAAUAGAGAGUAACUACUAAACAGAUUCUAACAAAUAAUUUCAUCAAGAAUUGAUGUUUGAUCGAACAAAUGGAUUUCGACGUGAAAUCGAACUUUUUUCUUGAUGUCUUAUGUACCCCUAGGCUGUCCACUUUUCAUCUACUUCUUUGCAAGUGAACUAAAAAAAACUAUGUAGUUUUGGUUCCUCUUUGAUUUUAUACAUUACCAAGAGUUUGUGGAUA